GACACGUUGCGACCAUGGCUCGUCGGAAGAAAGGCGGCGGAGAUGCUUCAAAGAAGGCCAACCAGAAGAAGGCAAAGAAGGUGGUCGAGGACAAGACGUUUGGGCUGAAGAACAAGAACAAGUCGCGGCGUGUGGCGCAGUAUGUGGAGCAGGUGAAGAAGCAGGCUGCGCCCGGGUCGAAGCAGGACCGGGCGAGGGAGCGUGAGCGGGCGCGGCGGGAGCGUGAGAAGAAGGCUGCGGAACAGUACAACCAGCUGCUGCUCGAGACGAACAAGGUUGUGCGGUCAAAGAAGACGGCGCUAGCCGCAGGCGUUGACCCCAAGUCGGUGGUGUGCGAGUACUUUAAGCGCGGCCUCUGCUCCAAGGGCAAGCGGUGCAAGUACUCUCACGACAUGGCGCAGGAGCGCAAGCAGAAGAAGCGCAACAUCUACGCCGACGAGCGCGAUGAGGCAAAGGCAAAGGAGGAUAUGAAUGAUUGGGACGAGGCCAAGCUCCGCGACGUGGUCAACCAGAAGCACGGCGCGCCCAACGCGACCAAAAUUGUGUGCAAGUACUUUAUCCAGGCCAUCGAGGAGAAGAAGUACGGCUGGUUCUGGGUCUGUCCCAACGGCGGCAAGUCAUGCAAGUACCGGCACGCGCUUCCUCCGGGUUUUGUCCUCAAGUCGGUGGCCAAGGCGCAGAAGGAAGACGAGGACGAGGGCCCGUGCAUCGAGGAGAUCAUCGAGGAGAAGCGCAAGGAGAUCAAGGAUGGAACGCCGGUCACCGCCGAGACCUUUACUGCGUGGAAGAACCGCAAGGUGGCCGCCCGCGAGGAGAAGGCCGCCAAGCUGCGCGAGGAGAAGGUCUCGACGUACGCCAAGGGCGGCAAGGAAGGCCUUUCUGGCCGCGAUCUGUUCGAGUUCAACCCCGACUCGUUUGUGGAUGACGACGAUGGUGUCGACAACUUUGACAACCGCCAGGACCGUGGCAACGCGAGCUCAUCGGCAACCACCACCACCACCACCACCACUACGACUACUACCACCACCACCACCAGCAGCUCUGCACCCGCACAGGCUGACGCCGCCGAUGGUGCAGGCAGCGGCGCUGCGGCUCCCGGCACUGGGCCGGAGGCCGGCGGCGAUGCUGCCGAGGUCCAGGCGAGCUUGUUUGCUGCUGCCUCCUUGGAGGAUCUUGACGAUGACUCUGACGACGACGACGACGAGUAAACGUUGGCGCCAG